AUGAACAUUGCCGAGCCGGCAAAUGACGACCCGGAAGUCUCACCCGCCAAAUGGAUUGGUUCUAUUCGAGUUCCGACGCCUCAUCCCAUUUUCGAGUUGAUUCAACGUUCUUCCGACUUCAUCAAAAUCAAAAGGAUCGUCGCCUGGCAGCUGCGCUUCCUUCGGAAUCAUUCUCUUUCACUGAAAAAGUGUGUCAUCCCGUUAUCUCGAUGGCUCACAGCUCCGGAAUUGCGUGAUGCCCAAACAUUAUUGAUUCGGGUCGAUCAGGAACAUCAUUUUGCCGUAGAGAUUCGUUUUUUACGCAAAGGAAAACCCGUGCCAGUCACAUCCAAGCUGGCCACGUUGACCCCCUUUAUAGAUGCGUCCGGAAUUAUCCGGGUAGGUGGCCGGAUUCAACAUGCUUCUCUCCCUGAAGACACAAAACAUCCCAUCGUCUUGUCUUCCGACAGCCAGCUGGCGACGAUGAUUAUUCUCGACCUCCACCAUCGACUGACUCACGCAAAAACGGAGCGUUUGUUACAUAACCUCCGGGCGACGUAUCAUGUGUUGCAGCCGCGGGCCACCAUAAAAAGAGUGAUUCGUCCCUGUUUCGAAUGCAAGCGACGCGACAGCCAGCCGGUGUGUCCACUCAUGGGUCCCUUGCCGGCCAGCAGAAUUAAAACACACCAGUGGCCGUUUUCUCACGUCGGAAUCGACUACUUCGGUCCGUUGUACGUCUCCAUGCUCCGACGGACUCUGAAGCGGUACGGAGUCAUGUUUACUUGCCUGGAUUGUCGAGCCGUCCACCUUGAACUGGCUGAUUCCAUGGACCUCAAUUCGUUCAUGAUGGCGUUUUCCCGUUUUACAGACCGCCGUGGAGUUCCUCUUGUCUGUUACAGCGAUAACGGAACCAAUCUAGUGGCUGGCGAACAAGAGAUCCGGGAUGCGAUCGCUCAAUGGAAUCCGGAAGCGUUGGCCAAAAAUAUGGCUGAUCGAAACAUCGAAUGGCGAUUUAGCCCUCCCGCUUCGCCUCAUUUCGGCGGAUCAUGGGAACGGAUGAUCAAGUCCGCCAAGCUCGCCAUGCGAAUUGUUUUAAAGGAGCGAGUCGUCACUCAAGAGGUGCUGUCUACCGUCAUGACCGGUGUCGAAGCUUUGCUGAACGCCCGUCCAUUAACCCCGGUGAGCAGCGAUCCAACCGAAGUCGAUGCUCUUACCCCUAAUCAUUUUCUCCAUGGACGGCCAAACAUUCAACUGCACUCCGACUUCGACGCUCAACCGCAGUUGCUCAGCAAGCGGCGGUGGAUGGACGCGCAGGAGAUCGUCAACCACGUUUGGAAUCGCUGGAUGCGCGAGUAUCUCCCGUCUCUAAUUGAACGGACAAAAUGGCUCCGCCCACGGCGAAACCUAGCUUUCGGAGAUGUCGUCCUCAUGGAAAUGCCCAACCCGAAGAGAAGCACUUGGCCAAUCGGCCGAAUUGUUCGUGUAGAAGCUGGUGCCGAUGGAGCUGUCCGGUCCGCCGAAGUAGAAGUCACUCGCGCUGUACCUGGCAAAAAGGGCCGAAAAACUCUUUCCGACAUCAAGUCGAAAACGACCCGCUACAUCCGUUCAGCACACAAACUUUGUUUACUCGAGGCGGAUGAUCCAGAAGAUGUUUUCACCACUGAAAACAGGGCCGGCAAUGUGACGGACAGCCCGAUUCUCCCCGCCGGGUCAGAUGGGGCUUCCGCAAAAUGA